GUGACCUUGAACUGUCAAAUAUUUCAGCAGACAUGCAAGUCAACCAAAUCAAGGAAAUACUAAAGGUACUACAAGAGAAAAGUAAUGCAAUAGCAGAUCUUGAAGCUAACAGCCAGUCAUUAGCUGAAUUUGUAAGCCCACCUGAGAUAGCUCGGCUAAAAUCCAGACUCUCACAAAUGGUUAAGGACUGGGAUGGACUCAAAGAACAUGCUCAGCAGCUGAAAGAAAGUAUCCUGGGACAUGCCGAACAGCAGCAAAAAUUUGAUGAGGCCUUUAAUCAGGUACAAAAUUCUUUGGAGAACAUUGAAGCUUCUCUUGCAUGUCCGGUUAAGAACUGUUCUUCUGCAGCAGAGACAUACAAAGUGCUGAAUUCACAUCGGGAUCUUUGUCAUGAUGUUGAAACCUUGAAAACUAGAAUUCAUUCCCUGACUGCUGGUGCUCGCAAUCUCACAAAUAAGGAUAAAGCAGUGCAGCAGACCUCAAACCUUCAACAACGAAUUGAAACUGCCUGGACACAAGCUAAAGAGAGGCACUCCUUCUUGGAGCAACUGCUAGCACAUUGGCAAAGGCAAGAAAAGGAGUUUUCUUCUUUUACUGUCUGGCUGGAGAGAAAUGAAGCAUUGCUCAGUCCUCCACAAGACCUAUUCCCUGCAGACAAGACAAAAAUCGAAAAUGAAAUGCAGGCAGUCCAGGCUCUUAAUGCUGAGUUAGCACAAUCACAAAGGUACACCGUUCUGGUUCAGUUGUCCGCAUCUUUGUAUCCAACCUCCAUCGAAAGCAGCAUAGAGUCGAUGAGGAGCCGUCUAGAGGAUUUGUCCCAAAGAUGGAAUAGUCUGCCUGAUGCCGUUUCUAAAAGGAUCUGCGAUUUGGAGUCUGUCCUGAGUGAGCAUCAGAAAUUUGAUGACAUGUUGCUUGAAUCAUCCCUCUGGAUUAAACAGUUCCUUAGAGAGCUUCAGGAAGCUGCUGAGAUCAAUACCUCUAAACAUGAUGCUGCUGUGACUUUAAAUGAGAAACAUAUAGCGGAGAUGAAAAAACGGCAAGAAGAUAUCAGUCACCUGAAAAGCCAAUUUGCCAAGUUAUGCACCUUCACCAUUUCAGAAGAUCAUUCCCUUUUACAACAAAGGUUCAGUGAUUGUGUACAGUUGUACGAAGAAGCAACUCAAGUCACAGAAAGACGUCAUGAAUCUCUGUCCAAAUUAGGAGACUUCUUAAGAAUACAUGCAGACUCUCUAGGAAUCCUUCAAAUCUUAAAAGAAACAGUGUUGGGAGCAGUUAGCUUGGAUAAAGACAAAUCAGAUGCCCUUGAAAAAGACCUAAAUGAUGUUUCACAGGACAUUGACAAGAUAGCAGGCAUGUCUGCAGGUUUAGAUACUACACUUACCAAAGCACAGUAUAACCUAAAGAACUCUAUGUCUGAGCAGAGAACUUCUUGUAGAGUACUGUCUGACAAUCUAAGUCUAGAACUAGAAAAAGUACAAACAUUACUUGGAACAAAGCUAAGUGAGGCAGAGGUUCUUGAAGCUUUGUGGAAAUCAUUUAUUGAUUGCAGAGAGAGGCUGCUCAAGACUAUUGAAGACAUUGAAGAAAAGGCAGACAGCGAGGAGAUGAAAGAGCCAACCCUACAAGCAUUUCAACAACGGUUGACAUUUUUUAAUGAACUGGAGGAGGAAAUUAACUCAUACCAGCAUGAAAGACAGUGGCUGAUGGACAAAGCAAAGCAGAUUGCUCAGAAGGAUUUAUCUCUGGCAGCUGAAGCAGACAAAGAAUUGAAUGGAUUGAACAUUACUUGGGAAGAUACUAAGAAGCUUAUCAGUGAGAGUCAAGAGCAGUGUCUGGCCCUCAUUGAUCUAUUGAAAAAUUAUGAACAUGUCAAAUCCUCUAUAAUGAAGGUUUUAGAAACUGUGGAAAAUAUGAUCACAAUCAAAUCCACUUUAAAAGAUCAAGAGGACAUUCGCCGCACCAUAGCAAAACAUGAAUCAGCCAAGAAUGAAAUCACAGAGAAGCAGAAAGAACUUGACGAGUUCACCAACAAAGGAAAGCGUUUACUGGUGGAACUUAAGAGAAUUCAUGGCUGUGACACAAGACCAGUGAAAAAAGAUAUGGACUACUUUGUGGACCAGUGGCUUGAUAUUUUGGAAAGAAUAGAUGAGAACCUGGAAAGACUAAGCAUGAGCCUGGCCUUAUGGGAAGAUGUCUUGAGCAUAAAUGAUGAAAUUGAUGGGUGGUCUACUAGCUCUAUUUCACAGAUGAAUGAGAGUAUUACCAACCUGAGCAGCAGUCAGCACCUGAAAUCUUGUCUUGCAGAAUUUCAGACUGAAGUACCAAACAAGGGACAGAAACUGGAGGAGUUUCAUUCCAAGGUUUAUGAACUCAAAGAGCUGACCAAGAGCCAGGAGCCCCCUGCAGAACUGCAGUUCAUGGAAGCAGAUUUAAGGCAGAAACUGGAGCAUGCCAAAGAAAUUUCCCACGUGGCCAAGGGGACAUUAAAUGACUUCAGUCUUCAGAAAAUGCAGCUAGAGACAUUCAUCGACCAGAUGACCAACUGGCUUAAUAAAGUUGAAGAAUCAGUUUUAAAAUAUACCAACAGCCAGGAACCUGAGGACCUGAAAAAACUUAAGGAGAUACAGAAGGAGUUUCAGGCCCAGCAAAGCAGCAUUGACUCAACACAGGAGAAUCUGAAUACUCUUUGCCGACGCUACAGAUCUGCUGAGCUUGAGGCUGUUGGGACAGCUCUGACUGCGCUGAUAAAGAAAUAUGAAGCCACCAACCAGCUCUGCCUUAAAACGCAAGCUACUUUGCAAGAGACACUGGAAAAACAAUUUAAUGAUGCUAUGUAUGAAUUUGAGGAGUGGUUUGAAAAAGUAAAAAGAGGUAUUCAAGGCUCAUCAGACUGGUCUGGAGACAGCAAAACUUUGGAAGCCAAAAUACAGCAUUUACAGGAUGUAUUAGACUCAGUCAGUGAAGGCCAAAGUAAAUUGGAUAAGGCAACAGACGAAGGA